GAGCCGCCACCGCGCGCUGCAAACGUCGCGAGAAGUGCGGUGCCCGGGCGGGGCGCGGGCGGCGCUGCUGAGGCGGAGCCAGAGUGUGCCGGGGAGGGUGGGCUGGCGGGCGGCCCUGGGCCCUCCUCCGGUCCCGGCGGGUCGGGCUGUUUUUCCUCACCUUAUUUCACCUCCUGCAUGCCGCCGGUGCCGGGGGCGCUGUGGAGCGGAGCUCGAGCCGCCCGCCAUGGCCGAGGCAGGAGCGGGGAGUGCCGAGGGGGUCGAAGAGGAGCGGCAGGCCACUGAAGAUAAUUUCUCAAUCAAUGGAAACUCCUGCAUUGCUUCAGGAGUCCCUACCCUCAUGAAUCCCGUAACUAAGCCUGCUACCACCACUUCUUUCAAUGCUUCUGUGGCUGAGAUUCCAAGGAAGCGCAAAGGAAGUGAUUCUGAUAACCAGGAUACAGUUGAAGCUGAUGGUGAUCCUCAGAAAAGGGAGGCUCACAGUCAAACAGAGAAAAGAAGAAGAGACAAAAUGAAUAAUUUGAUAGAGGAAUUGUCUGCUAUGAUACCUCAGUGCAAUCCCAUGGCACGAAAACUAGACAAGCUUACAGUAUUACGGAUGGCUGUGCAGCACUUAAAAUCUUUAAAAGGUUCAACCAGCUCCUAUACAGAGGUCCGGUACAAACCUUCAUUUUUAAAGGAUGAUGAACUCCGACAGUUAAUCCUUAGGGCUGCAGAUGGAUUCUUGUUUGUGGUUGGAUGUAACAGAGGAAAAAUUUUGUUUGUCUCGGAAUCGGUUUGUAAAAUCCUGAAUUAUGAUCAGGCCAGUCUAAUUGGACAAAGUUUGUUUGAUUACUUGCAUCCAAAGGAUGUUGCAAAAGUGAAGGAGCAACUUUCUUCUUCGGAUAUCUCUCCUAGGGAGAAGCUCAUAGAUGGGAAAACUGGCUUGCAAGUACACACAGAUUUUCAAGCUGGACCAGCUCGACUGAAUUCUGGUGCUCGACGUUCCUUCUUCUGUCGGAUAAAAUGUAGUAGGAACGCAGUCAAAGAAGAAAAGGAGUGCUUGCCAAACCCAAAAAAGAAAGAUCACAGGAAAUACUGUACCAUUCACUGUACUGGGUAUUUGAAGAACUGGCCUCCUAAUGAGGUGGGAGUAGAAGAGGAAAAUGAUGUAGAAAAGGACAGUAGUAACUUUAACUGUCUUGUUGCAAUUGGGAGGUUACACCCUUACAUUGUCCCCCAAAAGAGUGGAGAGAUAAAAGUGAAAGCAACAGAAUUUGUUACACGGUUUGCCAUGGAUGGAAAAUUUGUUUAUGUAGAUCAGCGUGCUACAGCAAUUUUAGGGUAUCUGCCACAAGAGCUUCUGGGAACUUCUUGUUACGAGUACUGCCAUCAAGAUGAUCACAAUCAUCUAGCUGAGAAACAUAAAGAAGUGUUGCAGAAUAAAGAAAAAGUCUUUACAAAUUCCUACAAAUUCAGAGCAAAAGAUGGGACUUUCAUUACGUUAAAGAGCCAGUGGUUUAGUUUUAUGAAUCCAUGGACCAAAGAACUGGAAUACAUUGUCUCAAACAACACUGUGGUAUUAGGUCAUAAUGAGUCAGCUGAAGAACAGGCCCUCUACAGUUCCCAGCCUGCAGAAGAUGCUGUAAAACAGUCUUUAGUAAGUGUACCUGGAAUGUCCUCUGGAACAGUUCUUGGUGCUGGAAGUAUAGGAACUGAAAUUGCAAAUGAAAUACUGGAAUUGCAAAGGUUGCAUUCUUCACCAUCUGAGGAGCUAAGUCCAUCCCAUCUCUUGAGAAAGUCACCUUCUCCAGCUUUACCUAUAAACUGCAGCAAUGUGCCAAAUAAAGAUUUGAUUCAGUUAUGUCCUUUGGAAACAGAAGCCCUAGAGACUUCAGAACAAACCCAGGGUGCUAUUCCAUUUCCCAGUAAUGAACCUCUCCUCAGUGGUAAUUCUCAUCUGGACUUUGAUGCCAUCUGUGAAAAUGAGGACACUGCCAUGACAGCUCUUAUGAAUUACUUGGAGGCUGAUGGAGGACUUGGAGAUCCAGCUGAACUCAGUGAUAUACAAUGGGCUCUCUAGUUCAGCUUUUCCUCAGGAAGAAAGAAUGUCAAGUCCAUAAUGCACAACAACCAAACACCUUCAGUACUGUAUUAUAUUUUUUUAAGACUUUGUCUGAAUUUGUAUUUACUGUCUAUAUAUUUUUAGAGACUGAAACUUUGUUCAGAGAGAGAGAGAGAGAGAGAAACUUUCUGCUGCACCUCUGGGAAAAUGCAAUAUUUUUUUCACAAUGGGGUAACCUUGAAAUUUUCAUAUUGAACCAUCUGUAACUGGAAUGCUGAAAGCACAUUACUAUAUUUUUGCUAAGAAGCUUUAACCAAAAGGUACUAUAUAAUGUACAGGAGGUUUGUGUUUUUUCUUAAUUUCCUUAAACUGUUAUUUAUUAUGUUUCAGAUGGUAGAAUAUUGCUUAAAUGAGUUCUGUAGCACCAACCAUACUUAGACAGUUUAAGAGCAUUUGCAACUACUAAAUUUCAUUGAAACGACGAUUUGCACACACAACAGAUACGAAACAAGGUCUUGUCCUUCAUAAGUGAUGCCAUUUGUGAUCCCUUCCCCUUUUCAGAAGCACAGCUUUGGGAGUAAGAAGUUAAAAAAAUAAAGCACACACUUUUGGCAGCAAGGAUUUGAGUUAGAUCACCGUAGCAAACAGAAGAGUGGAGAAAAAAUAAUCGCUUCUCUGGUAUGCAAACGAAGUCUUAACUCCUGCUUUAUUUGUAAUGUCAUAGUAGAUGGGCAGUGCCUAGGAGCUAGGAAAAGUGAUGCUAAAGUCUAACCAUGCUAAACUUUGCUCUCAUUGCUGGAGGAGUUGACAUAGAUUGUCCUGUCACUGUCUGUUGGUGAAAAGAAGUCUUAAUGUUCUAAAGUAUCCUUUAUAAUCUUUAUGGGGCUUGGUUUGGGUUUUUUUUUUGAGAGAGUUUAGGAUGAUUUUUCUAUUGCUUGAGCCUCUGAAAUACUUGUGUGAUAUAGUCCUGGCUAUAAGGAAAGGGCACAUAGGAUGAUCUUCUUUUGGGGGAACAGCUUUUGCAAGAAUCCUAUCACAGUGACAGCAAAUUACUCAAGAACAGGGCACUUAAUAGGUUGUACUACAACAAUAUAGCGUUAAUAUAUAAAGUAGAUCUUUUUAUCUCUGGUAUUAAAGGUUUGGAAAAGCUUUUGCAUUGUUUAUAUAUCAUAAAGGCAUAAUUUUUCUGGUG